AUGUCAGGAGUUGUUGUUUGUCCAGCUAUCGCUGUUGUAACGCUUGUCGAACUUUCUGGUGCCGAUGAAGUUGUUGUCGAUGACGCAAAGCUUGUGCUGGAUAUUAAAGUGUCCGUCCUUGAAGUAUCUCCUACGGAAGUAGUGAUAUCUGUGGUUGAACUAGUCGUGUAUAGCGGAGUUGUACCUGUGGCGGAAGUAUAUGCGGCUGAGGUUGUUAGAUCCGACGUUGAAGUAUCCACACUCGAUGUAGUUGGUGCCACUGACACAUCCGAGCUGAUGCUAGAUGCUGACGAGGGCUCAGACGAAACUGUGCUGGAUGCAAAGUCAGAGGUUGAUGAAGUGACCGAGCUCAAUGUGGAAGAAUAUUCCAUAGUGCUUGAAGUUUCGGCUACUGUCGUGCUCGAUAAGAAGGACGUGGAUGUAGCAAGGAGAAAAUUUGACGUUGAGGUGGUGGCCUCCUGUGACGUGAAAUAG